AUGCGCCCGCGCCGCGGCGCUGUUGUCGCGCGAUUAUCCGACGCCAUUUUCACAGAAUCUCCGAGCUUUCCCGCACCCAGAUCACUGAGCAUCCCCCGCAGCGGCAGUGUUGCGAGACACGAGUUGUGUCGCAAGCGGUGGUGCCCUUGCACGUGCUGUCCACUCGUUACGUAUCACACUAAAAGUGGCGAGGAGAAAGAAGCCACCAUGAAUGAGACUACAGUAAAACAAGACCUCGGCAAAUCUUCGAGGCCUGUCAGAAACAGGCGAUACACACGAAGGAGUUUGGUUGCGGGCCAGCGUCCACAGAAAAGAUUAUUUACUCCAGAAAUAAAGCGAUAUCUCAAAGAUUGGUUAGUGCGGCGAAGAGAUAACCCGUAUCCUAACAGAGAAGAAAAGAAAUAUUUAUCCCGCGAAACAGGCUUAACUUAUAUUCAAAUUUGUAAUUGGUUUGCUAACUGGCGGAGAAAGUUGAAAAACGUAAACGAAGAUAGAAACCAACAAACUUGGGGUCAUCUUAUACGCACAUACAACGAUCGCGCACAAGGCAACGUUGAACAAUUCAGCAUCUGCUCCGACGACAGCAUAUGGAGCGAGUCGGAUCCAAUGAAUACCGAUAUUUUAGAAAACGAUGGUGACAUGAGUGGCAGCCCAGAAACGAUCACUGAAUACAAUCAAGAUGAUUCUGACACGUCAUCAUUGAACAAAGAAAAGUGCGUCAAUUUCAAUAAUAAUUCUUACAAAGUUGAGCCCAAAAGAAUUGGAUUGGAGCAAACGACUACAAUUACAAGCCCGAUGUUACUCAGUAAGUGGCUUGAAAGUGCGGCUAGAUUUCAACCGAGCGAGUGCAACUAUUCCUGGUGGGGAGACGAGAAACGUCGAAAGCCGGAGACAAAGGUCCAACAUAUAACAAUAAAUACGGUGUCACGUCAUGAUAGGGAUGAAGUAGAAGCGGCGGUUGCUUUAACAGCCUUAGCUACAGCUACAAGACGUGUCAUAAUACCUUAG